AUGGGUCAUGCGUCUCUGAUUUUGCUGCUGCUUAUCAAUUCACUGGUCCCUUUCUCCUCCGGUAAACCUGACAGAGUAUGCACUUCCCAAGGUGGUCGUUUCCCACCAUUCUCUUCUGAGGGAAAGCCUCCACGACGGGUGAACAAGGGACCCAAAGAUCUGACCCUUUGCAGGGUGUUCCGCAAAAAAACUUGCUGUGAUGUAUCCCAGACACAUCCUGCACUGGUAUCCGUUAGGAAGUUGGCUUCAACAGGAGAAGCUAACCCAGAGUGCUUGCAAUUAUGGGAAUUACUGGAAUGUUCCAUCUGCGAUCCCCGCAUUGGCGUGCAGCCAGGACCUCCAGUUAUAUGUGCCUCUUUCUGUGACAGGGUCUUUAAGGCUUGUGCUGAGGCUUACUACUCUACGGAUGCAAUAACACAGGUUCUAGCACCAUGUGGAGUAAAUGAUUAUGUUUGUGGUAGGGCCUCUGAAUGGAUCGUUAAUGGCACAGAGUUCUGCCAUGCUGCAGGGUUUGUCGUUAAAGAUGAUAUAACUGUGAGAAAGGGAGAGGCAUUUUGCUAUGGUGGUAAAGCCAGUCUUGAUUUGAUUUCCGAUUCAUGGAAGGUUUCACACUCUGAGGUGCCCCAGAAAGUUGAGAGCUUGAGGCUGCUAGACGAGUUCCAGCAGAGGUGGAGGGAAAUGCCAUUUAGUGAAAGAGUUUCUUGGGCCGUGGGAGGAUUGGUUCUUACAGCAGGCCUGUUGUUUGUAAGCAAAAGGAAAAGCCGUCACCAGCGCCACAAGCUAGCUGCUUUAAAACACUAUAAGAAACUUGAAGCCAAGAUGAGCCAGAAAUCUCCUAGUAGUCCAGGAAAUAGGAAAAGCAAGUAA